AUGUCUGCGUCAGUUUACGAAUUCACCGUUAAAAACGCCGACGGGAAAGAUGUGACUCUGGAGAAAUACAAAGGCAAGGUUCUCAUCAUCGUCAAUGUUGCUUCGCAAUGUGGCUUGACAAAUUCGAACUACACUCAAUUCAAAGAGCUUCUCGAUGAAUACAAGAGCAGAGGAUUGGAGAUUGCCGCGUUUCCCUGCAAUCAAUUCGGCGGACAGGAGCCGUCGUGUGAGCUCGACAUCAAAUCAUUCGUCGCCGACAAAUUCAAAUUUGAGCCCGACCUUUUCCAGAAGAUCGAUGUCAACGGCGACAACGCGAGCCCGUUGUUCAAAUAUUUGAAGAAGGAACAGGGUGGUACACUGGGCGAUGGCAUCAAGUGGAACUUCACAAAAUUCUUGGUCGAUCGCGACGGCAACGUCAUCAAGCGAUUCGGACCGACAACUGAGCCGAAAGAUAUGAAGAAGCACAUCGAAGCGGCUUUGGAGAAACCAGCCGAACAAUAA